AUGGCCUCCAUGUUUUCCGGUAGGGUCGGCCGGGAGGAUGCCAGAAGUCGGCAGGAUAUUGUCCUGAGCGGCCACUUCAUUAAAGACGAACACUGUAUCUUUACAAGUAGCACAAAUGUCUCAGGAGAGGGUACGGUGGUCCUGGAGCCCUGUGAGGGAGCAGAGACUUACGUUAACGGGAAGAGAGUGACAGAGCCCACUGUUCUCAGAUCAGGUAACCGCAUCAUUAUGGGCAAGAGCCACGUGUUCCGUUUCAAUGACCCUGAGCAAGCACGGCAAGAGAGGGAGAGAACCCCAUGUGCAGACACACCUGUGGAGCCAGUGGACUGGGCCUUUGCCCAAGGAGAACUACUGGAAAAACAAGGCAUUGAUAUGAAACAAGAGAUGGAGCAAAG